AUGACAGAUUCUGUCUGCGUCGAUCUCUGUGAGUCUGCGUUGAUCUCUGCGUUGAUCUCUGUCAGUCUGCGUAGAUCUCUGAUCUAUGUCAGUCUGCGUAGAUCUCUGUCGGUCUGCGUAGAUCUCUGUCAGUCGCGUCGAGCUCUGUCAGUCUGCGUCGAUCUCUUCUGCAUCGAUCGCUGUCAGUCUGCGUCGAUCGUCGUCAGUCUGUGUCGAUCUCUGUCAGUCUGCGUCGAUCUCCGUCAGUCUGCGUCUAUGUCUUGUCAGUGUGUGUCGAUGUCUGUCAGUCUGUAUCGAUCUGCAUCAGCUGUGUCGAUCUGUGUCAGUCUGCGUCGAUCUGUGUCAGUCUGCGUCGAUCUGUGUCAGUCUGCGUUGAUCUGCGUCAGUGUGCGUCGAUCUCUGUCAGUGUGCGUCGAUCUCUAUCAGUUUACGUCGGUUGGCGUCAGUCUGCGUCGAUCUCUGUCGGUCUGCGUCGAUCUCUAUCAGUUUGCGUCGGUUGGCGUCGGUUGGCGUCAGUAUGCGUCAGUGUCAGUCUGCGUCAAUCGGUGA